ACUAACUCACAACUGAAAAAAAAUCUCUUGCCCUUUCCUCUUCUUUUCCCUUCCAAUCCAAUCUGUCUCCACAAAUGGCCGAAACUUCAAGCUAUUCCAAAGAGCCAACAAUUUCAUCUGUGGAGAUGGAGGAAGUCGAGAAAGUUUUCCGAAAAUUCGACGCCAAUGGCGACGGAAAAAUCUCGUUAUCGGAACUCGGCGCGAUUCUCAAUGCGCUAGGCAGUAAGACCUCGCCAGAUGAAGUAAAGCGAAUAAUGCUUGAAGUUGAUACUGAUGGUGACGGUUUCAUUGACUUGAAAGAGUUUGCAGCAUUUCACUGUCCUGGAAGUGAAACGGACAGUGAAAAAGAGCUACGAGAGGCGUUCGGUUUGUAUGAUAAGGACAAAAACGGAAAGAUCACGGCGGCGGAGUUGCAUUCUGUUAUGAAGAGUUUAGGAGAGAAGUGUUCGAUUAAGGAUUGUCGUCGUAUGAUUAGCAAAGUUGAUGUUGAUGGCGAUGGAUGUGUUAACUUCGAGGAGUUUAAGAAGAUGAUGAGUAGGACUUGACGACUUUUCAGAUUAUAACGGUAGGUUUUAAUUGGAACUGAUUUCUCUGAACUUUGUAGAUAUUCUGCCUGCUUUUAUUUUCUCUUGUUUGACAGAUUUAUGCCGUGAGUUUUUGCUGUCAAUCCAACUCUAACUGUAGUUAGUUCUGAAGAUAUUCCGAAUCAGCAAAAGCUUUUUCUAUUA